CGCCCGAGCCCAUCUCUGGGAAAAAAGGCACGCUUUCCCUGUCUCCUUCCGAACUGUGCCGCACAGGCUGAACGAGCUCACACGCUUUUCUUCUUCCUCCACCAUCCGCCAACAUCCAUCUCCAAUCUCACCUUGGGCACACCUGAUUGUACGAAAAUGACUUUUGGACCGUCAGACCAGGAGCGUGGCCGAGAGCCCGUCGCAUCGACCGGACGUGGAGGUGCAGGCAAUGCAAUCCGCUCGCCCUCGCGCGGUCGUCCCGGACAAGACAAGGAAGAGCGCGAGGCCGCUGCUGCCUACCACGCUAGCCAUGGCACUACCCACUCUGGCCGAGGCGGCGUGGGCAACGUCCGCUCGCCCUCGCGUGACCCCACCGAAAGGCUCAAGGCCGAGGAGGCGGAGAAGCAGGAGCACGUCCUCCAAGCCGAGGCCCUGCGCCAGGAUGCCCAACACGGCCAGCACACGGGUCGGGGCGGCGUCGGCAACAUCAAGGGCGAGCACGGUCACAGCCACAGCCAAGAGCGAGGCAGGGGCUCGGACUCGCACCAUGGCGGUGUUGGUGCUGCCAUUCGGUCCAUGUCGCGCUCUCGUUCGCGCGAGCCAAGGAGCUCGAGUGCCAACCGGUCUCAGGCUACCGCCGAUGGCGAAAAGAAGCUGGAUGCUGUCGAUGAGGCGUCGAGUGCCUCCUCGACGGCGAAUGGCAGCGCCGAGCACCCACACCAAGGCUUCGUAAGCAAGAUCGCAAGCCAUCUGCCCGGACACCACAAAGCCUAGAGAGGACCUCAAAAAGAGUGUUCUCCCCCCCCCCUUUCUUGCACGGAAUGUC